AUGCGAAAAGGAAAAUUGAGCCCAAGGGGAGAUGGACCAUUCAAAGUGCUUGAAAAGAUCAAUGACAAUGCCUACAAGAUCGACUUGCCAAGUGAGUAUAAUGUUCAUAAUGUUUUCAAUGUGAGUGAUCUUUCCUCUUGUGUUGUAGCUUUGCUUGUCAAUACAGUUUUUGACGAAAAAAGUUUUGGGGGUUGGAAAAGAGCUAUGUGGAUAGCUCUAACUGCUAAAAAUAAGGCUGGUUUCAUAGAUGGUUCAACACCAGAACCAGAAAUAGGAACAGAUCUGCGUAAUGCUUGGGGUAGAGCCAAUAAUAUGGUAAUUUCGUGGAUACUAAACUCCCUAUCUAGAGACAUCUCUGAAAGUGUGCUCUAUUAUGCUAAUGCUAAGGAUAUCUGGGAGGAGUUAGAAGCCAGGUUUGGACAAAGCUCAGGAGCUAGAUUGUAUCAGCUCCAGAAAGAACUAAGCGACCUUAUUCAAGGUCCAACUGAUAUAGCCACUUACUUUACUAAGAUUAAACGACUACGGGAUGAAUUAGAUACUUUGGAUUCGUUUAUUCCUUGCUCUUGCAUUUGUUCCUGCAAAGCCAAGGAGAAAAACAUUAAAUCUAAGCAAGAUGAAAGGCUUGUCAAAUUUUUACUGGGACUCAAUGAUUCAUACUGUGGUGCUAGGGGUAACAUUCUUAUGAUUUCACCUUUACCCACUAUUUCUAAUGCAUAUGCCUUUCGAAAUUUUCAGAACUCAAUUCAGGGUAAUGCAGUGUCUUCUAAUGAGAAUUCUGGGGAAGUGUUCAUGUCUAAUGCAAAAACAGGAGAACAAGGGAAACUUCUUUCUCCUGAGUAG